AACCAUUUUUCUCCAUUUACCCCUUAGGUGGCUGGUUUCUGUGCUCUGCACACAUUUUCUCUCUCCUCUUUCUUUCUCUCUCUACAAAUCAAUCUUCUUUCUUCUUUUUUCUGCUCACUAUAGCAUAGCUAUGGCUUUCAGAUUGGGAGUGGGAGGGGGAAAUACCUCUUCUGGCAUGGGUGUUGCUGAGCAUAGCAUAAACACAUUCCUGGAAUUGCAGAGGAAGAAAGUACAUCGCUAUGUUGUUUUUAAAAUCGAUGAGAAAAAGAAAGAGGUUGUGGUUGAAAAAACUGGAGGACGUGCUGAGAGCUAUGAUGAUUUCACUGCAUCCUUGCCAGAAAAUGAUUGCCGAUAUGCUGUCUAUGACUUUGAUUUUGUGACAUCUGAAAACUGCCAAAAAAGCAAAAUCUUUUUUAUUGCAUGGUCGUCUUCUGCAGCCCGCAUUCGCUCUAAGAUGCUUUAUGCAACAUCGAAGGACAGAUUCAGAAGGGAGCUGCAGGGCAUCCACUAUGAGAUUCAGGCAACAGACCCAACAGAGAUGGAUCUUGAAGUCAUCAGAGACCGUGCAAACUGAGCACCUACACAAGCUUAAAGGGUUGUGUAUCGGUGAUUUAGUUUAGGAUAUCUGAGGCCUCCAGGAAUGGUGUUGACUGAUAUCCUUAAGUUUUACUAUGGUCUUUGUCUGUUCUGACACAUUUCACAUAAAUAGCUUACUUAUCUAGUAAAUAACCUACACCUGUGAAGGCUGAUUAGGGGUUCAUGCCUUAGAAACCCCGCCGCAGGGGAAUUUGAGCUCUUCUUUACUGCCAUGAUGCUUCUCAGGUGCAGAUUUAUAUGAUUAUUAUAUUGAAAAUUGGACUUGUAUUCUAUGAAAUUAAAAUUCUCUCAAUGGAGGCAAUUGGUGAUAUUAUCUAAUAUGUUGCCCGUCAAUCCAUGACAACAAGGAACUUAAGAGUGAUGGAAAA